GAAGGAGUCGAGGCCUUGUGUUGAAAUGAUUUGAUUGUAGAUUUCGGAUGAUGAUCUCCUUCAUCAAUUGUGGCUUAUGCGAUGAGAUUGUAGAGAAUAAUAAUCAGGGGAAAUGAAAAGAGGAAGAAUAAAGUAGUGAUUGGAUGGUGGCUGGCUCCUUCGGUCAUACGUUCAGGACUUAUAUGACACUGGGCGUGUGAGGAGAAGAGGUGUCGAGGCAUUCUACGGAGUCAGUCACAUUGGCCGAAACCAAAACUGAGUACGUCAAGCAGACUCCAUACUAUGAUCUCCAAGUAACAACACCAUGUAAGAGAUGUACACCAAAAGUUGUGGGCUCGACAUUGUAUUCAUCUCGUGGGGACAUGAUGAUUACAUUUACCUUGUAAGUUCUGAAGGAGAGUCAAACUACAUUACCAUCACCCGGUCUGUUCAUCAUCCAAUACCAUUCUACGCUCUUUGCAAAUCAGAAGAAUACAAGCAUUUGAUGAAAAAUGAAGACAGAGAGAACAUGAAGUGGCUGAAAGUGUUCAACAAGUGCGAUCUCUACAGCAAACGCAAAAUUCGUUCAAAACAUACGACAACUUAUGGUCACACCGUUGCUGGUCUUCUAACAAACAAGAAUGUGAAAUCUGAGCGUCAAGAUGUUAAUCCAUGAUAAGUUACAAACUUGUUUCAGCCGUUCUUGGCUGUGCCAUUCUUAACUGGUUUUUGCACCAGCAACAAUGAAGAGAGUUUCACGAGUAUGACUUACGGUUCUCAUGCAAUGGCCUCUAUCUUAUUGAUAAUGAAAUAAGUUGUUAAAG